GGCCCCGCCCCCUUCCUCUGCCCCGCUCGCGCAUGCGCUCGGGCUGCAGCCUUGCUGCCGCGCCAUUUUGCCGGGGUUUGAAUGUGAGGCGGAGCGGCGGCAGGAGCGGCUAGUGCCGGCUACAGUCCGCAGCUGCGAUUCCCUCUUCAGUUCCCGUGUCCCUGCGAGAUUCUAUAACAAUGGAGCUCAGUGAUGCAAAUUUGCAAACACUAACAGAAUACUUAAAGAAAACCCUUGAUCCUGAUCCUGCCAUCAGACGUCCAGCUGAGAAGUUUCUUGAAUCUGUAGAAGGAAAUCAGAAUUAUCCACUGUUGCUUUUAACAUUACUAGAGAAGUCACAGGAUAAUGUUAUCAAAGUAUGUGCUUCAGUAACAUUCAAAAACUAUAUUAAAAGGAACUGGAGAAUUGUUGAAGAUGAACCAAACAAAAUUUGUGAAGCUGAUCGAGCAGCCAUUAAAGCCAACAUAGUGCACUUGAUGCUUAGCAGCCCAGAACAAAUUCAGAAGCAGUUAAGUGAUGCUAUUAGCAUUAUUGGCAGAGAAGAUUUCCCUCAGAAGUGGCCUGACUUAUUGACAGAAAUGGUGAAUCGCUUUCAGAGUGGAGAUUUUCAUGUUAUUAAUGGAGUCCUCCGUACGGCACAUUCAUUAUUUAAAAGAUAUCGUCAUGAGUUUAAGUCAAACGAGCUAUGGACUGAAAUUAAACUUGUUCUGGAUGCCUUUGCUUUGCCUUUGACUAAUCUAUUUAAGGCCACCAUUGAACUCUGCAGUACCCAUGCAAAUGAUGCCUCUGCCCUGAGGAUUCUGUUUUCUUCCCUGAUCUUGAUCUCAAAAUUGUUCUAUAGUUUAAAUUUUCAGGAUCUCCCUGAGUUUUUUGAAGAUAAUAUGGAAACUUGGAUGAACAAUUUUCAUACCCUCUUGACAUUAGAUAAUAAACUUCUACAAACUGAUGAUGAAGAGGAAGCAGGUUUAUUAGAACUCUUAAAAUCCCAGAUAUGUGAUAAUGCUGCACUUUAUGCACAAAAGUAUGAUGAAGAAUUUCAACGGUACUUGCCUCGUUUUGUCACAGCCAUCUGGAAUUUACUAGUUACAACAGGUCAAGAGGUCAAAUAUGAUUUGUUGGUAAGUAAUGCCAUUCAAUUUCUGGCUUCAGUUUGUGAGAGACCUCAUUAUAAGAAUCUGUUUGAGGACCAGAACACGCUGACAAGUAUCUGUGAAAAGGUUAUUGUGCCUAACAUGGAAUUUAGAGCUGCUGAUGAAGAAGCAUUUGAAGAUAAUUCUGAGGAGUAUAUAAGAAGAGAUUUAGAAGGAUCUGAUAUUGAUACUAGACGCAGGGCUGCUUGUGAUUUGGUGCGAGGAUUAUGCAAAUUUUUUGAGGGACCUGUGACCGGAAUAUUUUCUGGUUAUGUUAAUUCCAUGCUGCAGGAAUAUGCAAAAAAUCCUUCUGUCAACUGGAAACAUAAAGAUGCAGCUAUUUACCUUGUGACAUCUUUGGCGUCAAAAGCCCAAACACAGAAGCAUGGAAUUACGCAAGCAAAUGAACUUGUAAACCUAACUGAGUUCUUUGUGAAUCACAUCCUCCCAGAUUUAAAAUCAGCUAAUGUGAAUGAAUUUCCUGUCCUUAAAGCUGACGGUAUCAAAUAUAUUAUGAUUUUUAGGAAUCAAGUGCCAAAAGAACAUCUUUUAGUCUCUAUUCCUCUCUUGAUUAAUCAUCUUCAAGCUGAAAGUAUUGUUGUUCAUACUUAUGCAGCACAUGCUCUUGAAAGACUCUUUACUAUGAGAGGCCCUAACAAUGCUACUCUCUUUACAGCUGCAGAAAUUGCACCGUUUGUUGAAAUUCUGCUAACAAAUCUUUUCAAAGCUCUCACACUUCCUGGCUCUUCAGAAAAUGAAUAUAUCAUGAAAGCUAUCAUGAGAAGUUUUUCUCUCCUACAAGAAGCCAUAAUCCCCUACAUCCCUACUCUCAUCACUCAGCUUACACAGAAGCUGUUAGCUGUUAGUAAGAACCCAAGCAAACCUCACUUUAAUCACUACAUGUUUGAAGCAAUAUGUUUAUCCAUAAGAAUCACUUGCAAAGCCAACCCUGCUGCUGUUGUCAAUUUUGAGGAGGCUUUGUUUUUGGUGUUUACUGAAAUUUUACAAAAUGAUGUACAAGAAUUUAUUCCAUACGUCUUUCAAGUGAUGUCUUUGCUUCUGGAAACACACAAAAAUGACAUCCCAUCUUCCUAUAUGGCCUUAUUUCCUCAUCUCCUUCAGCCAGUGCUUUGGGAAAGAACAGGAAAUAUUCCUGCUCUAGUGAGGCUUCUCCAAGCAUUCUUAGAACGCGGUUCAAAUACAAUAGCAAGUGCUGCAGCUGACAAAAUUCCGGGGUUGCUAGGUGUCUUUCAGAAGCUGAUUGCAUCCAAAGCAAAUGACCACCAAGGCUUUUAUCUUCUAAAUAGUAUAAUAGAGCACAUGCCUCCUGAAUCAGUUGAUCAGUAUAGAAAACAAAUCUUCAUUCUGCUAUUCCAAAGACUUCAGAAUUCCAAAACAACAAAAUUUAUCAAGAGUUUCUUAGUAUUUAUUAAUCUGUAUUGCAUAAAAUAUGGGGCGCUAGCACUACAAGAAAUAUUCGAUGGUAUACAACCAAAAAUGUUUGGAAUGGUUUUGGAAAAAAUCAUUAUUCCUGAAAUUCAGAAAGUAUCUGGAAAUGUAGAGAAAAAGAUUUGUGCAGUUGGCAUAACCAAAUUACUAACAGAAUGUCCCCCAAUGAUGGACACUGAGUAUACCAAGCUGUGGACUCCUCUUUUACAGUCUCUGAUUGGCCUUUUUGAGUUACCUGAAGAUGAUACAAUUCCUGAUGAAGAGCAUUUUAUUGACAUUGAAGAUACACCAGGAUACCAGACUGCCUUCUCACAGUUGGCAUUUGCUGGGAAAAAAGAGCAUGAUCCUGUAGGUCAAAUGGUAAACAACCCCAAAAUUCACCUGGCACAGUCACUUCACAAAUUGUCUACUGCCUGUCCAGGAAGGGUUCCAUCGAUGGUGAGCACCAGCCUGAACGCAGAGGCGCUCCAGUAUCUCCAAGGAUACCUUCAAGCGGCCAGUGUGACACUGCUUUGAACUGUAUUUUUCUUAAUUGGCUAAACCCAGAUGGUUUCCUUGGAAAUCAUGUAGACUUCUGAACACAGCUGCAUUAAAACAAAGCAAGUUUUCCUUUUGAACUUGUCACAAAUUCCAUCUUGUAAAGGAUACUAAAUGUUGCUUUAAGCUGAACCUUAACCUUGAGCAAAUUAGGUGGUUUGUGCGAUCAUAAAUUAUACGUGGUUGACUUUUCUAGUUUGCAGCUUUAAAGGGACAAGUAUUAAUAGUUCAGUGUAUGACAUUGAUUUUAGUUGAGCAUUUGCACGGUUUGGGUAAUUUUAAACUUUUGAUGGACACUGACUGUGGAGACUUCGUUCUCUUACUAAAUUUCUUUGUUUUGAAGCUGUUGCCAUUUGUAUUUCUCUUGUCCUUUGUAUUUUUUGUCUGUUUCUGUAAGCUUUUAUUGGAAAUGUGAAUAAGUAAAGAAUUACUUGUGUAGCUUGCCAAGCAAUGCACAUUUCAUAGUUUUAAAUCUGUAAUCAGCAAUAAAAACCCUAAAAUAUGUAUCUAA